AUGAUCAAUAUUUCAGGGUACUUCGGUGGUGUGAAACUUAAAGUUCCGUUUCCGGCUUCGAAAGUGAUAUCUGUGCUAGCUUUAAGUGGCGCUCCUGCUGAAGUCGUCGCCAGAUACAUUCCGUACGUCAGUAACAACGACGAAAAGAUGGAGCUGGCAAAGAAGUACAAGUGCCAUCAGCUGCUUGCUGAGGUAUUUUUUUUUAGAUUGCUAAUCAUUGGCCAGCUUUAUGAUCAGUACGUGGGGAAUGGGUAUCGCUGACU